CGCACUGGAGGCGGAGGGCCAGCAGCCACCAGCCCGCUCCCCGUCUCCCAGACAGAGCCUCGGUCAGCAUGGGGGUGACAGGUGCCAAUGGAUUUCCCUGCUGUGACAAGGAGUCGGUGGACAUUGUGGAUACACAGGGUGGCAUAAACCAAAACCAGUUCCAACCAAUACAAGAGGAAGAUGACAUGGAGCUUGAGAAAGAAUUGCUAGAGCUGGAGCACCCAGACAAAGAGGUCCUGCGCCUAGACCCAGAACUGGAGCCAGAAUGGAAGCCCAAGCCUUUCCCGCAGCCAGAGAUGCGCCCGGUUGUCAUGCUCAAGCCCGAGGCCAAGCUGGACACAGAGACCAAGCUGAAGGUGGUUAACUUGGAACCCUUCAGUGAAGACCCUGAGCCACAGGGGUAUAAAACAGAGUCACUCCACCCCUACAUGGAAGGGCUAAUGCAGCAGGACAUCAGCCGAUGGAGUGUGAGGUCAAACUCCAGCUACCUGAGUACCACAGAGGAGGACCCGGUGUCCACCGACCACUGCUCCAUCUGUGUGCAGACCUCCAAACACCUCUUCUGGGCAGACAAGCUCGUCCAGGCCUCAGAACACAGCCUGCAACAGGAGAUCAACGUGCAGCCCAUCAAGGAGAGCACAAAAGAGACCGCCUGCCACCCAGACCAGCCGUCGGCCCCCAAGGACACUGUGUGCUCCAAGAAGCAGAGCCAGGCCCCCAGUGCCCAGCCAGCUCUUCCAGACAAAGUCUCCCAGCAGCCUCCAAGCCCCCAGCCGUCCCCCUCCCCACAAACCAUCGGCCUGGCAGAGCUGAUCGACUUCGCAUCUUCCCUGGCCAUGGCCUCCUCCAGCAGGAGGAACUUGUCCAAUUUGGGGCAUGUGAUCAAAGCCCCACUCCAAAUGGCCAUGACGCCUUCCACGGAGCCCACUGUGGAUCACACUGCCCAGCCCACCGUGGACAAGCCAGAGCAGGAAAACCUCACUAAAGAUGCGCUAGAGAAGCCACCAGAGGAACCACUAGAAGCCAGGGAGCCGCAGGGUACUUCAAAGCAGGAAGACAAGCACUUCCCUCACCCUUACCUUGACUUCAGCAAGCCAGGGUUCAAGAGGCUCACCAUUGAGGGGGAAGUGAAGUUUCUCCAGCCCCCAGACAUGUCCCCCCAGCCGCAAGGAGCUGGGAAAGAUUCGGGAGGAAGUCCAUUAUUGCUGAAAAUCCAUUUUAAGCUGUCGUCCCCCACUUCCCCAGAGAAGACUAGACAAAACCAAUAA